AAUGCGCAGCGCAAUCUUAAGAUGGCGCUAAUCGGUAAUUAGCGCGGAACAUAUGCAGUCUUAUUUCGUCAUCCUGAUUGUCCUUCCUCGAUGGAGGAGGCCAGUCCACUGCAUUCGGAUACUGGAAGUCUCAAAAACCAUUUGAUAUUGGAUGAAAUGAAUCAAUUCUGAGAGCAGAACUCGUAUCAUAGACGGUCACGAUGGAGCCGCCGUUAACACCGAUGGAUCAGCCAUCCCCCUGCUCUCCAAACCGUAACCCUCAUUCUCCAUCAGAGCACACGCCAUGUGUCCCAAACCGACUAUCCCACAAGUCGGACAAACAUCCGCGUCUGAUGCUCGACGCCAUAAACAUUUUACGAAAACAUCGAGAACUCUGUGAUGUCGUUCUCAUAGUUGGACUCAAGAAAAUCUUCGCCCACCGAGUCAUUUUGUCGGCAUGUAGUCCUUAUUUCCAUGCCAUGUUCACGGGUGAGUUGGCAGAGAGUCGACAGACGGAGGUCACAAUUCGGGAUAUUGACGAAGCUGCGAUGGAGCUAUUGAUAGACUUCUGUUACACGUCGCAUAUCGUCGUGGAGGAGUCUAACGUACAGACUUUACUUCCAGCGGCGUGUUUAUUACAGUUGGCCGAAAUUCAAGACGUGUGUUGUGAAUUCUUAAAGAGACAGUUGGACCCGUCAAAUUGUUUGGGGAUCCGAGCGUUUGCAGAUACCCAUGCCUGCAGGGACCUGUUGAGGCUAGCGGACAAAUUCACACAGCACAAUUUUCAAGAUGUAAUGGAGAGUGAAGAAUUUCAGCUUCUUCCCGUCAAUCAGCUGGUCGAUAUUAUAUCCAGCGAUGAGCUGAAUGUCAGGAAUGAGGAGCAAGUGUUCAAUGCGUGCAUGGGCUGGGUCAAGUACAACAUGUUGGAACGGCGGCUGCAUUUGCCCACGGUGCUUCAACAUGUGCGGUUGCCCUUGAUGAGCCCCAAGUUUCUAGUUGGCGUAGUUGGAUCUGAACUGUUGGUCAAAACGGACGAAUCGUGCCGAGAUUUAGUGGACGAAGCCAAAAAUUAUCUUCUGCUUCCCCAAGAGCGACCGCUGAUGCAAGGACCAAGGACCCGGCCACGCAAACCGAUACGCUGUGGAGAAGUACUGUUUGCAGUUGGAGGCUGGUGUAGUGGAGAUGCAAUAUCGAGCGUUGAGAGGUUCGACCCCCAGACAAACGAGUGGCGCAUGGUUGCACCCAUGAGUAAACGGCGCUGUGGUGUGGGCGUGGCGGUCCUUAACGACCUCUUGUACGCUGUCGGAGGCCAUGAUGGACAGUCUUAUCUGAACAGUAUUGAGAGGUACGACCCUCAGACAAAUCAGUGGAGUAGCGAUGUUGCCCCGACCAGCUCUUGCAGGACCAGUGUGGGCGUCGCCGUGCUUGACAACUUCAUGUAUGCUGUUGGAGGUCAGGAUGGCGUCUCUUGUCUCAAUUUCGUCGAAAAGUAUGACCCUCAGACGAAUCGCUGGGCUAAAGUAGCGUCAAUGAGUACGAGACGACUGGGUGUUGGUGUGGCAGUGCUGCAGGGAUUCCUGUACGCAGUCGGGGGAAGUGACGGCACGUCGCCCCUCAAUACAGUUGAGCGUUAUGACCCACGCACCAACCGGUGGACGUCGGUGGCCCCUAUGGGAACACGUAGGAAACACCUCGGCGUCGCUGUCUACAAUAAUAUGAUUUAUGCCGUCGGGGGCCGAGACGAUGCGACAGAGCUGAGCAGCGCAGAGCGGUAUAAUCCACCCACGAACACGUGGCAACCGGUAGUGGCUAUGACAUCUAGGCGGAGUGGGGUUGGCCUCGCUGUCGUCAAUGGACAGCUCAUGGCGAUAGGAGGUUUCGACGGCACAACGUAUCUCAAGACAAUCGAGGUGUAUGACCCGGAGCAGAACUGUUGGAAGCUCUACGGCGGCAUGAAUUACAGGCGGUUGGGAGGUGGGGUCGGGGUGGUCCGGAUGCCGCAGCACGAGACACACCUUUGGUAGCAGUUAAAGUACCUGAUGGGGUAAGGGCUGGUCUCAAAGUUGAUCGAAGCUGAGUUAUACAAGGCAUUUUAAUCCACUUGUUUCUGUCCUAUGGAAAGGAAAUGUUGCGAGCAAUUUUACCAAGGGACAGUUCGAAGUUUGGGUGCAACCUUAUGAUAAUGUGUGCAAAAACUGUCUAGAUAAAGGAAUUAUUCGACGAAUAUUAUUCGCCAACCUGAGGAUGGGCAAGAUAAGUUGGGCGAAUUGUGUUCUCCAGCCACAUGGAAAAGGUUAACCCAUUUGUUGGCCCAACAAAAAAAGGAUGUCCUUCUCAGCUUCAGUCAAGUUUAAGAGGACCCCUCAGGCAAUACCAAAUCUUCUUUUCUGUUCAUCAGAAUUAGCCCUAUUGCCAAGUUUGUAAGAUAUUAAGUAGCACAACUAUUUUAUUUUGAUGUUUGAAGGGAAAAAAAGUUCAAUGGCAAACACAAACAGCCAUUUUGAGGGGAAAAAUUGUUGUAAUGUAAAGUACAGUGGUACAAUUAUAGGCUUUACUGCGUUGAAAAGUGUUGGUUGUACACAUCAAUGCACACGAGUUAUAAUUGUAUCAGGGCUAUCAUUGUACCUCCUAACCAUACUAGAAACUCUACAGUCCAAAUUGAAAAGUGCAGAUUGGCUAAUGUCUUCAGAACAAUUGCAUGAACUUGCCGAGUUGAAAAUUCUGUUAAACUUGGAAUUUAGUUGGUGUGACCUUGAUUAUAGAGGAUACCCCAUCAUAAGGACAACUCUUGUCAUGCUGGCUGUAGCAGUAGGCGCUAGAACUCCUACAGUCUCAUGUCACUCCAAUAAUGUUCAUGGAGUUUAAUAAUGUCACAGUUGUGCUUAAUUCACAAAGAGAUUUUGAAGAGUAGAUAGGGCAUGAAAAUAAAUAGUACUCUUUCAAUGUGAUAGGUGGCAAAGUUUCAGAGAUGAGGUGAAGUUUUGUUAUAUAAGUGAGAUAGCUUCGUAGCCUAGUGGUUAACACUGCUGGCUGCCACGCAAUAGGGCCCGGGAGAACCCAGGAUUGUAUUCCUGGAUGAACCGGCAUUGCUUUUCGAGGAAUUAAAAUUCCUAGCUCUUCACAGUCCUUUGAAUGAGACUUAAAACAGAGGUUCCUUGUAUCUGGUGUCUAUGCGAGGGCAGGUUACAGACCCCACCAAGUGAGAAACAGGAGUUGCUGCGUGGCCUAAACCUCUCGCCGAAGUCGGAUUCACUGGGCCAAUAAAUUCAAUUGGUGCAUAACCGUAGUGUCGCGCAUAAAUGCUCAUCCUGCCUUGGAGGAGGAAUACUCCCUGGAGGAAAUCACCUCCAAGUGCCGAGCGAACGCUGAAGAAGUUAAAUAAGUAGAUAGUCCAAGACCAGAUAAUAUUGUAGUGACCUUGGUGAAUGAAUGGGUGAUAUGAAUAAAGACUAGCAAAUGCUUUUACUUCAAUUUUGUACUGAAAGGCCUAGUGUAUAUGUACAUGAAGUUUUAGAUAAAAGCAUUUGCUAGUCUUUAUUCAUAUCACCCAGUGUCUCCCAUCCCGUGGACAUCCAAGUUCAGCUGAUGAUAAACUCAUUGGCAUCAUCGGCAGAAUAACGCAAUAGAAUAUUAAAGGAUAUCGCAUGGCACGAUAUCGCAAAUGGUGUGACGUGAUUUGUCCACAUACUAAUGAAGUAUAUAUAUGGGGUGUGCCAAAACCCUAAGGUUACUCUGUAAAAAUUUUCGAUCUUCUUCUUCUCGUUCACUAGACAGUCAACUUCGAUCUGAUGAUCAACUCCGCGCUUCUCUGGAGCUGUUCUUUGUCUUUGUACAGCUGGUUUUGUAGGCAAGUACCUCUGGAACCUCCCUAAGCGGACACCUCUCUAUUAAGGACAGUAGUUUUGGUCCCAAAUUGGUUAUUUACAUUCAAGUUGACCUCUCGAAUCAGGCCACCUCUCUAUUAAGGACAGCAUUUGUUGGCCCCAAGUGUAUCCUUAGUAGAGAGGUUCUACUGUACAUCAUUUUUGUCACCAAGGGGAACAACUAGCUUCGUCAUCUGAUGUAUAAUCUAAUUUAUAUCGUGUACAGUUAUGAUAAAUAUAAUGGUACGGUACUUGUACAUAAUAAAUAGCUCAAUAUCAUGAA